AUGCCGACAGAUGACUAUGUGGUUGUUAUCAAAGCUGAUAAGACGCCAGGAGAACACGCAGGGCGAUUCAAUGCGCCAACAUCGGAUGAAGUGGCUAUCGUCAUUGUUGGUGAAGAAUUCAACUCACGAGACAUAGUCCUUCGUCGCAGAGACGGCUGUCUUAAGAGAGUUUCGGAAACCCAUGCUUUGCAGCAUCCGCUUUUAUUCUGGCAAGGCGAAGAUGGUUAUCAUUUCAAUCUGAGAAUGAGAAAUCCAGGAACGGAUGAAGAGACCAGUAAGAAGGUCAGUGCCAUGAAUUACCACUCAUACCGGAUAAUGAUACGCGAUAACGCAGAGAAUCAUAUCCUGCUUUGCCGACAAUUAUUUCAUCAGUAUAUUGUUGAUAUGUAUGCGAAAAUCGAAACCGAAAGACUCCUGUUCAUUCGAUUGAAUCAAACCAAGCUACGGUCAGAGGAAUAUGUUCAUUUACGAGAUGCGAUUGCCUCUGAUGGCCAUAUUGAUCCCAAUCAUCUUACGAAGAUGGUGAUACUGCCGGCAACUUUCAUGGGGAGUCCUCGCCAUAUGCAUGAGUAUUCGCAGGACGCAAUGACGUAUGUUCGCAAUUACGGUCGCCCCGAUUUAUUCAUCACGAUUACAUGCAAUCCAGCUUGGGAGGAAAUCAAAGUUCAUCUCUCAUCUGGGCAAUCAGCCUCAGAUCGGCACGAUUCGAUCGCGCGAGUCUUCAAACAGAAACUGAGAGCUUUCAUGGAUUUGAUUGUAAAGAUGCGGGUUUUCGGGGAAACUCGCUGUUGGAUGUAUUCAAUCGAAUGGCAGAAAAGAGGAUUGCCACACGCGCAUAUAUUGAUAUGGUUGAUCAGCGAAAUAACACCUGAUAAAAUUGAUCAAGUUAUUUCAGCUGAGAUUCCCGAUAAACACACAGACCCUGAAUUAUUCGAAGUAGUCAUCAAAAAUAUGGUUCAUGGUCCUUGCGGUGUUUUCAACACCAAGUCUCCUCGCAUGAAGGAUGGGUUCUGCACCAAACGGUAUCCGAGGGAACUACUCGCAGAGACUAUGACUGGAAAUGAUGGCUAUCCCUUGUGUCGUCGACGCUCAGCGGAAGACGGCGGGAAAACUUUCACAUUGAAGGUGCGUAGCAGCGAUAUCGAAGUCGACAACAGAUGGAUCGUACCGUAUUCCCCUAUACUCUCAAAAAUAUUCAAAGCUCAUAUCAAUGUCGAAUAUUGCAACUCCGUGAAAUCGAUAAAAUAUAUUUGCAAGUAUAUCAACAAAGGAAGCGAUAUGGCAGCUUUUGGUAUGAAAGAUCCUUUAGCUCCGAUUGACGAGAUUAAACAAUACCAAAUUGGACGAUACAUAAGCAGCAAUGAAGCCAUAUGGCGCAUCUUUUCUUUUCCCAUUCAUGAGAGAUAUCCAACCGUGGUUCAUUUGGCAGUGCAUCUGGAGAAUGGACAGCGCGU